AUGAGGUGCUCAAACAUGGCAACUGAAUGCAUAGAAAAUGCUCUCCGGACAAUAUGUCAAGGAAGCCAAAAGUUUACCUUCAGUAUUUAUAAGAUUCUCUCAGAAGUCGGAGGUAACCUGUUUUUCUCCCCAAAAAGCAUGCAGGUAAUUUUAGCUCUUGUACAUCUUGGUGCAAAGGGUAACACUGCUCAGGAGAUUGCAGAUGGCUUAUGUCUUCCAUCUGAUAAGGAGACUAUUGAGAAUGGAUUUAGAGAAUUAACAAAUCGUUUGCAGAGCUCUGAUGACAUAGUGCUUGAAGUAGCCAACAAGGUUUAUGCACAAGCAAGUUUUCCAAUUAAAGAAGAGUUCAGAGCAUCUGCUGCAAAAUUUUUUGCUGAAGCAGAAGAAGUUGAUUUUGUCAAUGAAACAGAGAAAUCUAGAGUAAAAAUCAACAAGUGGGUAGAGAACAAGACAAACAAAAAGAUAACAGAGUUAUUCCCUGGAGGUAGGAGACUGCUUUUACUAUUUUUUAAGUUUUUAAUGCAUAUAUCUUUGCAAAAUCUGAAAAAUGUUUCACCAGUACAAUUUUAG